AGUGCGCUCCUUAUUUCACAUGUUGCAACUCUCGGUUGACAAUCACUCGAUUUAAGUUAUCAGCGGCGCUUGCUUCACCAUGGUGAAGAGGAAAACAAAAAGCGAGCAGAGCUGAGGAACACGGCUUCCCUUCGACUUCAUCUGCGACUUUUUGAGGAUAUACUAAAGAUGCAUUUGAGAACAUUGCUUUCGUAAAAGUUUAAGAAGAAUUACGAUUGGACUUGUUUUUUUUUCCGCGGCGGAAUGAGGCAGUGAGUCCGGAGACUUUUCGCGUACUUGUCAAAAUUACGCAAAUCCAAGUGACUGUCAGUGGAUUUUUCUUUUUUUACCUGAGCAGGUGAAGCGAACGCUUGCCAUCAUGUCCAAGCCCAUGGAUCACGUUAAGCGUCCCAUGAACGCGUUCAUGGUGUGGUCCCGAGCGCAGCGGCGAAAAAUGGCUCAGGAAAACCCGAAAAUGCACAAUUCUGAAAUCAGCAAGCGACUCGGAGCCGAGUGGAAACUUCUGACGGAGUCCGAAAAGAGGCCGUUCAUUGACGAAGCGAAGCGACUGCGGGCGAUGCACAUGAAGGAGCACCCUGACUACAAAUACAGACCGAGGCGAAAGCCUAAGACUUUAAUGAAGAAAGACAAAUUCGCGUUCCCGGUGGCGUAUAAUUUGGGAGAGCACGAGGCGCUGAAAGUGGGCGGCUUACCGAGCGGAGCGCUUUCCGAGUCGCUAAUGAGCAACCCCGACAAGGCGGCGGCGGCGGCGGCGGCGGCCGCGGCCAGGGUGUUCUUCAACCCCUCCAUGUCUACAAACCCCUAUUCGUUUUUUGAUCUCGGCUCAAAAAUGACAGAACUUUCUCCACCGUCCUUUCCGUACGCUUCACCGUUGGGUUACCCGACAGCGGCGACGGCUUUCUCCGGAGCGGGCGCUGUCGGAACCGGCGCACAUACCCACACGCACUCCCAUCCAUCGCCGGGUAACCCGGGCUACAUGAUUCCGUGUAACUGCGCGGCUUGGCCGUCGGCAGGGCUCCAGCCGCCUCUUGCCUACAUUUUACUACCUGGAAUGGGCAAACCACAACUUGAACCGUAUCCCGCGUACGCGGCGGCGUUAUGAGACUGAGAAAGUUUCUAAGUGUGAAAUAAACGCAAUACACGUGGAGCAUGAACAUGUGAUGCCACGGUCGUCAUAUCAGAUAUCACAUGUGUUUGUAUCAUGAUUAAUGCCUUGAUGUAAGGUAAACAACUCUUGUGGAUAUUAAGCGAGCGAAUCCAGUGCGCCCUUAUCAAUGUGAAUAAUUCUAUGAAAAGCUACCACGUCAGACUAACCUGUUGACUCUGUAACUAGUUUACCAGAGAAAAUGCUGGUUGAAGUGGUUGCGUUUUAGCUAUAUUGGAAAAAAAACUGUUUUAUUAUGACCUUGACGAAUUAACGCGCAGUUUUGUUUUUGUUUUUUUCUUCUUCUUCUUCAAAUCAGUCAUGUUGCUGUAAAUGUGUACAGUUUUAUUAAAUCAUAUCUGGUUAGUGCUCCGCAUGCCGGAGCUGAUGGACUAGAAAUCGGGUGUAUAUUUUGAGUUCCAUGGAUGUAUGUAAUAUUUAUUGUUCAGUCAGUGAAACCCAAUUUGUUGAUCGUGGGACACGCCGUGUCCUUUGAUAUUUGCACAAAGGGAGACCAUGAGCACUUACAAGUGUAAUUUAUUGAAGAAAAACAACAUGCCCAAGUUUCUGAAAUUUCUGGUCCGUCGACAUCAGACAGAUGCGUUCACAAAAGAAAGUCAGUUCGUUUUUUACUAACUCGAAGUGAAAUUGUAUGUUAUAUGUUUUGCAUAAUUCCACUUAUAUGUACUUCAAAUGCCUAUCGUUCAUUUAUUGAACAAGGGGGAUAUAAUAAAGCGUAUGCGGAAAAAAGGAAAUUGCUCUGUAGUUCUUGAUGAAUGGCGAACAAGAUUUGUAUCUUGAAUGCCUUUACUUGGUCGGACCAGGUGAAGUGUAAAGUAUCCUCUAAAGGACGCUUUUGUUCGGGCUUUGAAUAGAAUUACUCAGAAAUCUCAAGCAAGUCUUUGUAAUCAAGAGCCAAAAUCCUGAAUUAUCACAAAUCAGAUCAUGAAUAGGAA